AUGGCCAAGCCAGGAUACAAACUAAAAGUCAUCAUCAAUGGUGGAGGCCUUGGAGGUCUCGGAGCCGCCAUUGCUCUCAAGAAAAAGGGCUACGAUGUCACAGUCCUAGAGGGGGCUCCAUCACUUUCUGAGGUUGGUGCCGGUAUUCAGAUCCCUCCCAAUUCAAGUAAAAUAUUGUCCAGUUACGGCCUCAAGGACAAAUUCUUGGAGAAGGUUGUUUGGCCUCAGCAUUUCGCUUUCAAACGAUAUGAAACGGGACAACUAUUGGGAACUACACCUCUACACCCCCAUCUCUCUGAGAAAUACGGUUCCCCUUACUGGCUUAUACACAGAGCCGACUUCCAAGGGAUUCUUUUUGACGCCGCAAAGGAACUAGGUGUCGAUGUCCGCCUGGGAUGCUACGUGGAGGCGGUUGACGUUAACGGUCCAAGUGUCAGGCUGGUCAACGGCGACAUCUUGACAGCUGAUUUGGUCGUGGGAGCAGACGGUAUUCGCUCGAAAACACGGGAAGCAAUACUUGGCGACAGAAAUGUAGAGCCAAACCCAGCUGCGAACUGCUCCUAUCGCGCAACUGUCCCCGUCGAGAUCAUGUCUGCUGACCCUGAUAUCGCUCAUCUGAUGACGGACAUCAAUGCCAACUGCUGGAUCGGACCCGGCCACCACAUAAUGGCUUAUCCAAUUCGCAAGGGCAGCAUGUACAACCUCGUACUCUCUCACCCCGGUGGUCUUGCUGCGCCUGGAAAGUGGAAUGAGCCUGGCAACCUGGAGGAGAUGCGGGAACACUAUAAAGACUUCGACCCCGUCAUUCGAAAGGUACUGAGCAAGGUGCAGAGCUGCCUCAACUGGAAGAUCGCCGAUCUACCCAAUCUGCCGACCUGGGUCAGUGAAAAUGGUAAGGUCGCCCUGCUGGGAGAUGCAGCCCACGCCAUGGUGCCAUUCCUCGCCCAAGGCGCUGCACAAGCUAUCGAGGAUGGUGCAUGUCUUGCAGAAUGCUUGUCUCGCGCCCAGAGUCCCUCCGACAUCCCGUCUCUUGUGCGUGCUUACGAGGCCAUCCGGAAGCCUCGAGCUGAGCGAGUACAGAAAGGCACGCGGGACUCUAGUUACGUCUGGCACUUGGAUGAUGGGCCUGAGCAGGAGGCCCGAGACCGAGCGUUCGCGGCCAUGGCAGCCGAGGUUCGCGACGAGGAUAUAGACGAGGCAUUGGAUAAGGCAAACCCCAACAGUCUGAGCAGCAAGAACUUUCAGCCGUGGUUGUUUGGACAUGAUGAGAUUGCGUCGACAAAUACGAGGCUUGAUGAAAUUUUCAAUCCCCAAAAGGGAUCAACCCACCUAUGA